UCCUUUCCUGGUUGCGUAGAGGGCUGUUGCCUGGGACAGUGAUCUUCCCUAGGCUGAUGCAGAGGACAGCUAUGGUGUGGAAGGUGCCCCUGCUUGUAGGACUGAUUGUGCUAGGCACUCAUUUAUGGACCAUUGACAAAGAAUUCGUAGACAUUACUAAGGAUCUAGACUAUUUUGUGGCAUCAGUGGAGUUUGCUGUGGCUCAGUUCAAUGACAACAACCCAGAAGAGAACACAUACAGGUUGCUGGAAGUUGGGAGAGCCCAGAAAAAGACAUGGACAAUGAUUUUCUUAAUGGUUUUGGAGAUGGGUCGCACAAUUUGUAAGAAACACGAUAAAAACACGGACAAUUGCCCAUUGCUACAAGGCUCAGGAGAAAAAAAGGUGCACUGUGUUUUCCAAGUAGAUGCCCGACCUUGGUUUUCCCAAUUCUCCAUCCUGAAUAGCACCUGUGUGCCAGCAUAA